AUGAGUAACCAUCCGCAGACUGGCUUUGGUCGGCCAUUCUUCAUCGUGACCUGGGUUGAGACUGGCUUGGCACUGAUUCUAUUGUCUGCGAGGUGCUAUACAUCCUGGAAGAUUGUUCGAUAUACCGGACCUGACCUGAUUCUGGCGAUCAUUACUUUUAUUUUUGGCAUUGCAAGCAUGGCGUUGAUCACUGUGGGAGCAGCAUACGGCGUCGGAACUCCCUCAGCUACCCUAACAUACAACGAUGAUAGGAAUGCUUUGUUGUUUGGUUGGACUAGUCAAGCCGUGUCUCUCAUCGCUAUUGGCCUUGGGAAGGUUGCCCUUGUGGUUUUUAUAGAGCAUCUCCAGGAGUACGAAACAAAGUCCAAGAGGGCGUUUCUUUGGUUUAUCGCCGGAAGUAAUUUCAUCGUCAAUGUGAUUGCUGCUAUUCUAGUCUUUCUCCAGUGCUCCCCUGCAAAGAAGCUCUGGGAUGAACAGAUACCUGGACGUUGUCCCGGGCGGAAAAGGGUUCAGAUCUUCGGGUAUAUCCAGGCACCGUACUCGGCAUUCUGUGAUUUUGCCUUAGCGGUUUACCCCGUGCUUAUAUUCCGGAAAGUCCAGGCGUUUUCACUGCGACAAAAAAUUGGCCUUUCAGUCCUCAUGGGGCUCGGUAUAGUGGCGGGAGCCUGUACGAUCGUCAAGACUGUUAAGCUGAAGCUCUUGACCAAAGUCGAAGAUACUACAUGCACGUACUCACGGGAGGCUCUGACCUUAGAAGCCAAGAUCCAUACUAACUAUCGAGCCAGAUACACUGGGUGA